AUGGCCCAAAUCAGUUCUUCUCUCCGCGACUCCACUCGGCGCCUCAGCUCUCACUCUCGUAUCUCGCUGCCUUCUACCACCGGCGCCUCUCACUCUCGUCUCUCGCCUUCUAGCUUAAGGAUACAAUACAUCAUGGUGAAUGCCAUCAAAGGAUUGCACAUUUCAUGUGACAUACCUAUGGCACAAUUCAUCAUCAACAUGAAUGCUGCACUGCCUCAAGCUGAUAAGUUCAUUAUACAAGUAUUGGAUAACACUCAUCUUUUUGUGCGAUCAGACAUGGCUGGGAUGAUACGAAGCGCCAUUGCAUCAUUCAGAGAGCAAAAUACCUACGAGAAGCCUUCUUAA